AUGAUUGAGUACGAUGUUAGCCUUCUGAGUACAAUGAUUGAGUACGAUGUCAGCCUUCUGAGUACAAUGAUUGAGUACGAUGUCAGCCUUCUGAGUACAAUGAUUGAGUACGAUGUUAGCCUUCUGAGUACAUGGUCAGCUUUCAGAGACAGUGACUAUGACAAUGACAAUGAUAACGAAGACAGUGACUAUGAUAACCAGGACAGUGACAAUGAUAACCAGGACAGUGACAAUGAUAACCAGGACAGUGACAAUGAAAACCAGGACAGUGACAAUGAUAACCAGGACAGUGACAAUGAUAACCAGGACAGUAACAAUGAUAACCAGGACAGUGACAAUGAUAACCAGGACAAGAAUCGGACGCUGGAGAAACAAAAGAGAAUCGGACGUUGGAGAAACAAAAGAGAAUCGGACGCUGGAGAAACAAAAGAGAAUCGGACGCUGGAGAAACAAAAGAGAAUCGGACACGUUGGAGAAACAAAAGAGAAUCAGACGCUGGAGAAACAAAAGAGAAUCGGACGCUGGAGAAACAAAAGAGAAUCGGACGCUAGAGAAACAAAAGAGAAUCGGACGCUAGAGAAACAAAAGAUAAUCGGACGUUGGAGAAACAAAAGAGAAUCGGACGCUGGAGAAACAAAAGAGAAUCGGACGUUGGAGAAACAAAAGAGAAUCGGACGCUGGAGAAACAAAAGAGAAUCGGACGCUGGAGAAACAAAAGAGAAUCGGACACGGGAGAAACAAAAGAGAAUCAGACGCUGGAGAAACAAAAGAGAAUCGGACACGGGAGAAACAAAAGAGAAUCAGACGCUGGAGAAACAAAAGAGAAUCGGACGCUGA